GAUAUAUUGUGGUGAUCAUCACUUGAGGGGAAAAAACAGGAUUUGAUAAAAAUAUCAUGCAACUGAACUAACUAUGCAAGUGUCAGAACCAUAUUCAGAUAACAUUUUUGGCCUUUACUCCUUCCACUCAGUUUUCAUUUUCACUUUUAUUCCUUCCACAGCUUCCUAAGCUUGUUUUUUUAGUAGGACUGAGCCAUAUUCUAACUUCUAAGCUUGUUUCUUGCAACAACAAAAAAUAAAAAAUACAAGAAUGACCAAGAGCAUGAAUCUUUCUAGAGCUUUGUGCUUUCUUAUUGUGUGCUUCUUGUUUCUUAACUUGAAUUUGUGUUGCUAUUCUUUGAAUGAAGAAGGUAAUAGUCUUUUGAAGUUGAAGAAGAGAAUAAUUAGUGACCCUUUUGGUGCUUUAUCAAAUUGGAUUGAUGAUGAAGUUUCUGUUGACCCUUGUGAUUGGUUUGGAGUUGAAUGUUCAGAUAGAAAUGUUGUAGUCUUGAAUUUGAAAGAUCUUUGCCUUGAAGGAACUCUAGCACCAGAGCUUGUGAACCUUGUUCACAUAAAAUCUAUUAUUUUAAGGAACAACUCUUUCUAUGGAACCAUACCUGAAGAAAUUGUAGACUUGAAACAAUUGGAGAUUUUGGAUUUGGGAUAUAACAACUUCAGUGGACAUCUAGAUGCUAAUUUUGGUCAUAAUAUCACAUCACUAGCAAUUCUUUUGCUUGACAACAAUGAACUCCUUAUUGGUUUCUCCCCCAAAAUCAAUGAACUGAAGAUGCUUUCGGAGUAUCAAGUAGAUAAAAAUCAGUUAAUCAAUGCAGAUAAGAUGUCAUCUUGUUCUGAAAGAUCCAUCACAUGGCAUGUUCAUGAAAAUGAAGGUCCUAGGAGCCUGCAGGAAUAUCACCAACAUCAUCGUCGUCCUUAUCAAUACCGUCAUAACCGUACUUCACCGCUCUAUAGAUCUUUUCCUUCACAUUCUUCAAGUCCAUCUUCGGAUUCUCCUAUUCAAAAUGCUUCAGAAUCUCCAAAUAAAAAUGCUUCUGAUUCUCUUCCUCCACUGUCAAAGAAGAAUCAAGUUCCUAUUUUUGCUGGAGUAAUUAUUGGUGGUGCUGUUUUUCUUGUUAUUUCAAGCAUUGGUAUAUAUCUUUGUAAAACCAAUAAGUUAGCUAUUGUUAGACCUUGGAGUACUGGAAUAAGUGGACAGCUUCAGAAAGCACUUGUCACCGGUGUGCCAAAGCUAAAUAGAUCAGAUCUUGAAGCAGCAUGCGAAGAUUUUAGCAAUGUAAUUGGUAAUUCACCAAUUGGUACAUUGUACAAAGGAACUUUGUCUAGUGGAGUUGAAAUUGCGGUAGCUUCUGUUUCUGUGACAUUAUCCAAGAGUUGGACAAGGACUUUAGAAACUCAAUUUAGGAAGAAGAUAGACACAUUAUCAAAAGUGAACCACAAGAAUUUUGUCAAUCUUAUUGGAUAUUGUGAAGAAGAAGAGCCUUUCACCAGAAUGUUGGUUUUUGAAUAUGCCCCAAAUGGAACACUAUUUGAGCAUUUACAUAUAAAAGAAGGUGAGCACUUGAACUGGGGACCAAGACUUAGAAUUGCAAUGGGAAUGGCUUACUGCCUACAACAUAUGCAUGGAUUGGACCCUCCUGUAGUCCUUAUUAACCUGAAUUCUUCAUCCGUCCACCUAACCGAUGACCACGCCGCGAAAACCUCAGAUUUGAGUUUCUCCAACGAAAUAGAUUCAUCUGAAAAGAAAUCUGAUGGUAGAAAACACAUUGACAUGAUGCAAUCAGCAAGUCCAUCAAGUAAUGUUUAUAGCUUUGGUGUUUUAUUAUUCGAAAUAGUUACCGGUCGAAUUCCUUAUUCGGUUGAUAAUAGCUCACAUGAAAACUGGGCAUCACAUUAUCUAAAAUGGGACAAACCUCUUAAGGAAAUGGUGGAUCCAACUCUAGCAUCUUACCAAGAAGAUCAGGUGGAACAAGUUGCUGAAUUGAUAAGAGUUUGUGUUGAUCCGGAUUCGGACAAGAGACCGACGAUGAAGGAAGUCAGUGAAAAAUUGAGAGAGAUAACAAAAAUGUCACCUGAAAUUGUAGUUCCAAAACUUUCUCCGCUCUGGUGGGCUGAGAUUGAGAUUUCUUCUGCAUAAGCAUGUUGAAAACAAUCAAUGAAUCAGAUUUUAGUUAGUUACCAGAAUGAGAAGUUUUAGCUUUGUUAUCAUUUUUACUUAGCUUAAGGUACACAAAAGUUGUCACUUCUAGUAUCUAUUGUAGAAUGCUUGGUCUCAAAAAACAUUGUAUAUGAGUGAGAUCGAAAAAUGUAAAGUGAAGUUCUUUUAGGGUGCUUUCUUUUUACCGGGAGCAUCCCAGUCAUGAGUCCCGAGAGUACUUUUUUGUCUCCAAAGUGUUUGAUUAGGGUACGUAUUAUUUUUUCAAGUAUUUUAGAUGGAUAUAAGUUUUAUUAUUUAAAUUUGGUUAAAA